UAAGAAGGGUGAAGGGUGAAAAAUCACCAAGUAUCCAGGAGAGAGGAAUAACUACUACUUCAUUGGAAACUGCUGGGCGACACCCUUUGCAAAUGCCUCUUCUGUCCGUCAAUCACAGCUCACCUUGAUUGCAAGGUUUUACGACUUUGUCGCAUUCCUUACGGUGCAGUUCUAGAGAUCGCUGUCCAAGAGGAACGUCAGCGGACCUUAAACCUCGGGUUAGCCUGUUGCUAGAAGCAGUCGAGUCAGUUUGCAACCCGGCUGAAACUCCCUGGACAAAAAACUCAGUUUGCUGCUGUUCCAGGGAUGCAGGUGACACAUCGCCCGGCCACCGCAGAACACAUGAGUUGAAAUCGAGGAUCUAAAAGAAGAAGAAAAAGGUCUAAAACUUGGAGAUAGGAUAUGGACCAGAGGAAGGCAGGGAACGAAGAAGCCAACCCCGGCAGGGACGCCAACUGCCCUAAAGAGUCUUACGUUUUUAAAGUAGUUCUUCUGGGCAACAGCUCUGUUGGAAAGUCGAGCUUAGCUUACCGCUAUGUGAAAAAAGACUUUCGGGACUCUCUGCCGACAGUGGGCUGUUCCUUCUUCAAUCAGUGUGUCACUUUAGAUGCCACCACAAUUAAGUUGGAGAUCUGGGACACUGCUGGCCAAGAGAAGUACCACAGUGUCUGUCAUCUCUACUACCGAGGGGCAAAUGCAGCUCUUCUGGUCUAUGACAUUGCCAGGAAGGAAACUUUUGAGAAAGCAAAAAUGUGGCUGAGUGAACUGGAGAAGGAAUUCCUUCAGAGUGAAAUAAUUAUAAUUUUGGUUGGCAAUAAGCUCGAUCUUUCAGCAGAGCGGGAGGUCACAAUGGAGGAAGCACAAGAAUUUGCAAAAACGAAAUGCAUAUUAUGGAUGGAAACCUCAGCAAAGUCUGAUUACCAAGUGACAGAACUCUUCAUAACAUUAGCUCGUGAGUUGUUAAAACUGGAGCAACAAAAAGAGACAACACAUUGGAAGAAAUCGCGGAUUGAUUUGCAAAGGACAACUUCCCGCCAAACUAAAUGCUGCCAGAUAUAAAGUGCCACUGUCCACACGUGGUGGGAGUGGCUGUGGUUUUUAAAGCGCAAAAUCAUAGGGUUUGAAGAGACCACAAAGGCCAGCAAGCCCAACCCCCUGCCAUGCAGGAAUAUACAGUAUUUGUUCAUGAGUGAAGAGAUCUCCAGAAGUUGAUGGGAAGUCUGUUGGCAGUAUCUUGGAAAUAAUUUGUAACUAUAUUAUCACUUUUUCUAUCUGAUUGCUAUAUAAAUUA